CUCUCCAUUCAAUUCCAAAACUAACCAUCACUCUCCUACAAGGGAAAAUAAAAAAGAAAACUCUGCUCUGGUUCUACAAUGGAGGCAGGGAAGCCAUCAUCAACGGCAGCAUCAAGAGGCCAGCAGCAGCACGAGAUGUGGAAUCGAUUAGUGGCUCAGCUGACUGCGCUCAAGAUCUUAGCCAUAGCCUUCACGGCCUCUGCAAUCUGCGUCAUGGUCACCAGCAACCAGAACGUCCUCGUUUAUGGGAUCCCCUUCUCCGCUCGCUUCACCUACUCCACUGCUUUCAAGUUUUUGGUGGCUGCGAAUGGAAUAGUCUGCGGGUUCUCAGUGGUGUCCCUGUUCUUUAUCUUGCCACAGCUGGGAAAGAGCAGCUCCUCUGCAGCUCAGUCGCCUCUCAACCUUUUCUACCUCUUACUGCAUGAAAUGGUGAUGAUGGGGCUAAUGACUGCUGCGUGUGGAGCAGCAACAGCUAUAGGACUUGUGGGCUACGAUGGGAUAGAAGAGAUUGGAUGGAUGUCCUUCUGUGAGAAUGUUCCUAACUUCUGCCACAAAAUGUUGGCUUCGGUUGUCUUGUCUUACAUGGUUCUUUGCACUUACUUGGCUCUCACCUUUGUCUGUGCCAGCAAACUAGCAGCCUCUUCUUCUCCUCACUAAAAACCCACAUUACCCUAUAUUUAACCCCCUACUAAAGGUUUACUCUAUGGUAAAGAGAGUUGAGAGAUUGUGAGUGCUUAUGGGGUGUGGUCGUGUGGAUUUGUGCAGGAUUAUAUAUAGGAAAGUUUCAGUGUAUGAUGUAAACCAAAAGGUCUGGUCCACUGGUUGAGUAAUAUUCAGUAAUCACACUUGCCCGUAUGUAAUAGUUUUCCAUCCUUUCUCAAGCUAUACAUAUAAGAACAAAGAGGAUUGUUGAAUUGAGUAA